CUCCCCAUCAGCUCUCAAUGCUGGGUUUCACAAGCGGUCACGCGCGAUCAGCGGAGUGCGCUAGCUAUAUAUAUAGCGCACCGUCACUGGAGCUCGCUCUCACAGUCACAGCACUGCUCUGCGCUGCUCAGGUCAGAACACGCAGAGGCGCGGCAACAGAGAGGAAAGCUCGUGUGCCGAGCAAGAAGACACGAAGGAGUUGAAAGGCGAACGAGUUCGAGAGGGAGCCGGCCGGGCAACAAUGGCUCUGCUCCCGCUCUUCCUCUCGCUCCUCCUCGUGUCCUGCGCGGCGCAGUCGCCGGCCUCGUCGCCGUCCGCGUCCAAGGCUCCUCCGGUCAGCGCCUCGGCGCCACAGGCCUCCGUCGCGCCACCGACCACGGCAGCCUCGGCGCCGCAGGCCUCCGUCGCGCCACCGACAACGGCAGCCUCGGCGCCGCAGUUCUCGAUCGCGCCACCGACAAAGGCAGCCUCCGCGCCGCGGGCCUCUGCCGCACCACCGACAACGGCAGCCUCAGCGCCAAAGGCCUCAGCGCAACCACCAGCAACAGUAUCCGCGUCGGCGCCGCAGGCAUCGGCGCAGCCGCCAACAACGGUAGCCGUGUCGGCUCCGAAGGCCUCUGCCGCGCCGCCAACCACAGCCGCCUCCCCACCGCCGACCACCGCUGCCUUGCCGCCUCAGGUCUCCGCCGCACCUACCACCGCCACCUCGCCGCCACUAGCCUCCGCCGCACCGCCGACCACGGCCGCCUCGCCGCAGCUGGCUGCCACGUCACCCCCCGUUGCCUCUCCGCCACUACUAGCCGCCGCCGCGCCUCCUGUCUCUGCGACCCCUCCAGCCACCUUACCUCCGCUCGCAUCGCCACCUGCGGCCACGGCGCCUACCGUGGCCGCGCCAGCACCCGCGAUGCCGGCUCCAGUGGCCUCCCCGCCCCUGGCAAUGCCACCGGCGGCGCUUCCUCCGUCCACCCUCCCUCCAGCAAUGGCGCCGACGCCUCUUCUCGCUGCCCCGAUAAUGCCGCCGACCUCCACGCCCGUCACGGCUCCCGUUCCAGCCCCCGUGUCGCCGGCUCCGAGCGUCGCCCCGACACCGUCACCCACAGAGGCCCCGACCCCGUCGCCGGCUCUGGCGCCGGAGCUGGCGCCCGCGCUAGCACCUUCGCUGGCGCCGCUCAGCUCGGUGUCGGUGAGCCCGUCGCUGGCGCCGGGUCCCGCGCUCGCUACGGAGGACGAGUCGGCGGCGCCGAGCGCGCGCACCGUUGGCGGCGCCGCGCUGGCGGCCUUGGCGGCCGCCGGGCUCGUGGUCUUGUUCUAAGUAGAGCUGCGUUUACCGUCGCUUCCGUACUGCUCGUCGCACGAUCUCGUUCUCUUGUUCGCGUUUUAUGGUUGCAUGUAUGAUUCUUGCUGUAAAACACAUUGAUAAUUUAUUUCUAUUUACGCAUGGAUGAUGGACGGAUUGCUCCCUUUGGGCAUCUCUGAUUUGCCAUGGAUCAGUUCCUCU